AUGGAAGAUGACAGUAAGAUAGACCAAUACAGCCCUAAUUCAACACCUCUAACUUGGCCCUCAGACCUAUAUGUUCAUGAAUUGAUGGAUUUAAAGAGAAGGAUUGAAGGCUUGGAAGUGCUAGAACAACUGAAGUUUAACAAAUGGCAAGAGGUUAUGGAAACCAACCAUAAAAUAACCAUAGAAAACAAGUCUCUUAAAGAGGAAAUCGCCAACUUACAAGCUAAUCUGAAAACAGGGCAGCAAAAGAUCUUGACCAUGAAGGAGGAACUAAGACAGAUAAAAAGUGGAAAUUUUUCCACAACGACGGAGGAAAGAGACACCCCACACCUACAAGAGACCCAAUCAGUAAUAGAAAACAUAGAAAUAAAAGAAGUUGAACUAAAGGAGCAACUUGAAGAGGCAAAAUCAUGGGUACAAGUAACAAAGGGUUCAACAGAGAGUCAAAAGGAACUCAUAGAGAAACAAAUCAAAGUGCAAAUAGAGGAAGAAAGACAACGAAAAGAUAGGGCAGCAAAUAUAAUAAUUAAAGGCUUGAAGGAUUAUGGGGAAGGUGAACAUACCGAUAGGUUAAUUAAAGACUUUCUAGCAGACAAGUUGGAGUGA